AUGCCUGUCAACUCAACUGUGCUUCCUCGUCCUUGGACACGAAAGGAGUACGGCAGCGAAAGCCCGAUCGAAGCACCAUCCGAAGCCGCAUUCGUUAAACAAUUCGGAAUCGUGCUCCCAAAAGCCCAAUUCAUGCACACCAUCUGCCUAUUACUCGCUUCCCCCUCGUCGCCCGCCCCGGCAAACAUCAAGAAGCCCAUCUCGCGGGUAGUAUUCGUGCAUGGUGUCCAGACGCCCGCAAUUGGCAUGCAGUCCCUGGCCAGCGCCUUGAAAUCCCGCUUCCCCUAUGCUCAUUGCGUUCUUGUUGAUUUAUGGGGCCAUGGGCUCUCUGCAACGCCUAUUAUUGCUCAUGAUGCCGAACGCUUUCAUCACUUGAUUGAUGGCUUGAUGAUGACGCUUCGCUGGGACGAUGCCCAUUUUAUUGGCUAUUCAUUUGGUGGAUCGACUGUUGCGAGCUAUGCUGCGCUUGAGCCUGGCUCUGUUGCGUCUAUGGUCCUUGUCGCACCGGCAGGUCUGCUGCGAAGCUCGGAGUUGAGUGAGGUGGAAAGGGGCUACAUGCGGGGUGGUGAGGGGUUGGAGGAUCGGUCUCGAGAGUGGGUUUUAGAGUUCUUGGAGGGUGGUCAAUUGGUUGUUCCUUCGGAUUGGAAGGAGAGAGUUGGAAGAGGGGAGGUCGUGGCGGAGGCUGUUCGUGAUUGGCAAAUGAAAAACCACAAGGGACAUGCGGCGAGUGUGGUUGGGAUAGUUCGAGAUGGUGGUGUUUUCGAUAAACAUGCCGAAUUUACCACAGCCUCCAAAGCUGGUGUUAAAAACUUCUGUGUACUUGGUGAGCUGGAUGACUUAUGUAGCGUACAGCGCUUGAAGGAGGUUGGGAUGGAAUAUGUUGCUGUUGUGCCCCAGGUUGGACAUGGAGUGGUGAGAGAAAGGGUGCCGGAGGUUGCUGGGCACAUCGAGGAUUUUUGGAAGAAGAUUGAGAAGGCGUAG